AUGGCGAAGCACUCGGCUGCCAUGUGCAGGCUCCUAGUGUUGGUGCUGCUCUGCUUGGGCUCCCAGCUGGCCCAGUCUCAGGUCCUCUUCCAGGGGUUCAACUGGGAGUCGUGGAAGAAGCAAGGUGGGUGGUACAACUACCUCCGGGGGCGGGUGGACGACAUCGCCGCAACGGGGGCCACGCACGUCUGGCUCCCGCCGCCGUCGCACUCGGUGGCGCCGCAGGGGUACAUGCCCGGCCGCCUCUACGACCUGGACGCGUCCAAGUACGGCACCCACGCGGAGCUCAAGUCGCUGAUCGCGGCGUUCCACGCCAGGGGCGUCCAGUGCGUCGCCGACGUGGUGAUCAACCACCGCUGCGCCGACUACAAGGACAGCCGCGGCAUCUACUGCGUCUUCGAGGGCGGCACGCCCGACAGCCGCCUGGACUGGGGCCCCGACAUGAUCUGCAGCGACGACACGCAGUACUCCAACGGGCGCGGACACCGCGACACCGGGGCCGACUUCGGCGCCGCGCCGGACAUCGACCACCUCAACCCGCGCGUGCAGGAGGAGCUCUCCGCCUGGCUCAACUGGCUCAAGUCCGACCUCGGCUUGGACGGCUGGCGCCUCGACUUCGCCAAGGGCUACUCCGCCGCCGUCGCCAAGCUCCUGCGCUACGACGGCAACGGCGAGCCGUCCAGCAACCAGGACGCCGACAGGCAGGAGCUGGUGAACUGGGCGCAGGCGGUGGGCGGCCCCGCCGCGGCGUUCGACUUCACCACCAAGGGCGUGCUGCAGGCGGCCGUCCAGGGCGAGCUGUGGCGAAUGAAGGACGGCAACGGCAAGGCGCCCGGGAUGAUCGGCUGGCUGCCGGAGAAGGCCGUCACGUUCGUCGACAACCACGACACCGGCUCCACGCAGAAGUCGUGGCCAUUCCCGUCCGACAAGGUCAUGCAGGGCUACGCCUAUAUCCUCACGCACCCAGGAACUCCAUGCAUCUUCUACGACCACGUUUUCGACUGGAACCUGAAGCAGGAGAUCCGCGCUCUGUCUGCAAUCGACGACAAGGUUAUCGUGAAGAUCGGGUCACGGUACGACGUCGGGAACCUGAUCCCUCAGACUUCCACGCCGUUGCCCAUGGCAACAACUACUGCGUUUGGGAGAAGGGCGGUCUGA